GCUCGAGUCGAUGUCGAUUGGUCCACGAGGAACAUUAAGCCGCUUUCUACGCCCCAACGGUACAGUCGCGACCGCUCACUGAGCCGUUACACUCACACCUUUUGUUUACAUUCACGUCUAUUCUCUAGAUGCAACGUCUCCCAGCUGUGUAUUAACUGAAGUGUGAACGCGUACUGGCUGAAGGAUUGCGAAACUAUACAAGUGAAGUUUAAAAAUACAUUGGCAACUAGUGCGGAGUGACGCGAUUCGAAAUGUGCGCUUGCGGCAAGUUCUACAACUUCUGGAGGAACUCGUGUGGCGCAGGCAUGUCUUUAGACGAAGGCAGACAGUCACAGCGUCCUUAUCGCUAUGGCAUGGUGCUGUUAUGCGCUGGCGCCCUAAUCAACUGGUUGGGACUGGCCGAAGACUACGCAGAGCCCGUACGCUACGUGGGCGUGGCGUGCAUAGUCGCAGGCGCAUUGCUCAUCUGCGCGGCGAUGUGUUGCUGGCUACAGUCACCCGCGAGGCAGCCGAACGCUGACAGAGCGUCGCCUGACACACAUCAGAUUGACGACCCUAUCCACGUAAUAUCGAUGCCAGACGAAGAAACAAUGCAGCAGAAACCGCCCGACUACGACACCGUGGCAGGCGCGCCGCCCACAUACGACGACGCGAUUAAGCUGAACCCGGCGCGACUGCUACCGGCCUCGAGCAGCGCACGCGCCGAUGCCCCGCCACCCCUAGACACCGUCAUCCCGGGCCAGCCCGAUGACGCCAUCCGCACCGCGCCGCGCAUAGCUAUCGCCUCCAUCCAUCGAUCCCAACUCCACCAACAUACCCAAAUCCCGAAAACCCCCCCACCACCUUACAGACCUCCUAACGCCAUCAGAUGAAGGCUUAACCUAACUGUGUGUUAUACUAUAAAUCGACUGCUGUUUCAUGUGAUGAGACUUGUAAAUAGACUAGAUAUUCCUGUACAUAACGUUAUUGUUGACGUCUCAACAAUGUUGCGGUAUUAUUAAUAUUGUAUGUACAUAUCCACGCAUGAAACAAUUUUUUAUGUAUUGGUAGGAUUGUCGAGCUUAGGAGCGAAGCGUACUUAUGUGAUAUUAAGAAAAAUUGUAAUGAGUAGUUACUUUAUAUCUACUGUACAUAAAUGGAGAUUUUGUAAAAUAGUUUAUUAUCGUAGAAUUUAAGUGAGGAUUUCUCUUCCAGUUAUUAUCAACAACUAGAGAAGACUUGAUUAUAAACAAUUAAUCAUAGAGGCAUUACGAGCAAUGUGCCAUCAAUUUUAUUUGUUUCUAUAUUUACAUCCGCAUUGUAUCUACUAUCAAUAAUUCUCAUUUCGGAAGCGACCUCUUUAAAUUAGUAAUCAAGGACUGUAGUAGCAUGAGAUAAAUAUGUAUUCAAUAUAACAUUAGUGAAUUGUACCUUGUAGUGCAUAGUUUCACUAGUGUUUAUUAUUCCAUUCUGUUUCUUGAUUCUAGUCUUUUUAACGGCUAAUAAUGUAUAUUUACUUAUUCGGGUAGGAGCAGGCAAUUAAUUGAAAAAUAAAUUCAAUUACAUUGUAAACUGUACACAUUGUGAUUGCACAACAAAAGGUGAUUUUAUACACAUAAAACCGUGCUAUCACUAUCACAUGGGGUUGCAUGACGAAUUGCCGUUUUUUUAAUUACCUAAAAACACUACCUGAGCGUGAGUAACUUUUUAUUGUACUUAUGAUUUUAUUGAUAACGUUGCUUAAAUAGCAAAAUAACACGCUCUUUAAUAGGGAAAAAUCUCACCAAUAUGCUAACGGCAGUUGGAUUAACGUGUACUACUAAAUUUAUACUGCUAAAUAAAGUUUUACUGCCAUAAUAAUAACCACAUUAUCAGUAAGGAUUAAAAACAUUAUGUGGGAUUUCAAUUUGUCGACUGUUUGAAAAUUUUAAAUUGAGCUAACAAAAAAAGCGCUAACUGAAUUUUCAAGGGACCAAAAACAAUCAUACUAAACUUGUGUAAGUUUGUCUUAUUUAAUUCUAUUGUAACUGC